CGUCGUAGAAGGAGCGGAAGGCCGGAGAGGGUUGGAGCUCGAGAGAUAGGAGCCAAGGUUGUGGUGUGAGGAGGACAUUUCGAGUUUAGCGUCGCCUGUGUCGACGAUAAAGAUGAAAAUGAUGAUGCUGCUGGGUGUCGCUGCGUUCGUCCUGUGCCUUUGUGGAGCUAAGGCUUCAGAUGAAGUUGUGGCUGUGCCAACGGAAGUGUUCAACGCCACCACUGCCAUUCUGACCUGCAACCUCACCAACCCGUCAUCCACGGUCAAGGGUCAUUUCUGGGCCAAAAACAACAAAAUGAUUGAGAAUACGCAAAAGGAGUCUUCGGACCUGCACAUGGAGUACAAGCUGGAGAAAAUUGAUUCUACCACUGGAGGUAUCUAUGCCUGUACCUUUCGCACUGCCAAUGGAGAGCUGGAAAAGACCAUUGAAGUGAAAACCCUUCCCCAUGUUUCCGCCCCUAAGCACUCGGAGCACAGCAUCGAGAACGACAAGGGUGUGCUGGUGUGCGUGAGCCACGGAUACCCCCUGCCUACGGACUGGACGUGGUACAAACUUGACGACAGUGGAAAAAAGGAGCUCAACAACAUGACUGAUAAAUAUGAGAUAAAGAGUACACCAAACAAGACUACACUGUACAUCAUGGACCUGAAAAUUGAAACCGAUGUUGGCAAGUAUCAGUGCUUGGGGAAGAACGAGUUUGGCUCAGUGGAGGAUACGAUCCAUCUGCGUGUGCGCAGUCGCCUGGCUGCUCUCUGGCCCUUCCUGGGCAUUGUGGUGGAGGUGAUUAUCCUCAUCACUGUCAUCUUCAUCUAUGAGAAGCGGAGAAAGCCCGACGAGAUCGGUGACGGUACGUUGGAUGUCCCAAACGCCCCCCCCACCCCUCUUGCCUCACACAUGCCUGUGGCAGUGUGCCAGUGCCAGGUGACCAUUUUAAAGGUCUUGUUGGGCAUGCAGAGAUGUCUUGAAGUUUGAAGCAUAAAAUGUGACGCAUAAAAAAAAAAAAAAAAAAAAAACUUUCUGCUCUCAGGAGCUGAGUGUGGACUCUAAAAUACGCCCCUGUCCUCUGUUUUAACCAAAAUGCUGUAAUAGUUGGUGGUGUUGUCUGCUUCCAGAAGUACUGCUGCAGCCCUCUUGUUUUGUGUACAUACGCUUGUUCCGUUCCCAUGUUGUCAUGAGUUAUGUUUUGCUUUAGUUCCUGUUCAGACUUUUAUUCACCCUUAUUUUGUCUGCUGCUGCUUUUUUUUAUGUCCCUAUUUGGUAAGUUAACAAACCUGCAUGCUACAUUGGAGUGUUUGAGAUAUAAGUUUAAACUCAUUGCUUUUAAGUGAUGACCGUUUGGUUCUUUCACUGGGUUUGUGCAGGUUUUUUGCUUGUUUACCCCCCAACUGAGCCAAACUUCAGCCUCUCACUCGUAUAUCACUAGUGAAACUGCCCUGUUGCAUCUGGGAGGGUGUGUGUGCGCGCGUCUGCGCUCAGCAAUGCAAAUGCAUGGCUUCCCAGCACGGUAAUCCUGUUGCAUGACUUUGUUAAUCUGUUUCACCAGGUUUUUACUGCAGUGGCCUAUGCUUGUGAAAGGGGGGUAUCUUCAGACUUUUUGUGUCCCUGUAUGAGUCCUAGUAAGAUGGUUGUGUGUGUGAGAGAGACAAAGAGUGAAUGAGAUUUUUAUUUGCAUGGUUCCUCUAAAAUUGUGUUCAUGCAGUAUGUGGAUAAUUGUGAAGUGUGUUAUACAAAACAAAUUACUAGGUGGAAUAAUGCUUAACGUUGCAGGUUCACAGCGGCCCUGCUGUUGUACUUCUGAGCAGAGUCUUGUUUACUGAAUGUAUAGAUGUGUGUAAACAAAGAGCUGGAAGCCAGAAAACACACAGUAUAUAAUGUUUAUACACCAGUGUGACUUCAUGAGAAAUGAUCCUUGUGUCCUCUUCUUACC